GGAGGACGACCCGGGCGACGGCGGGAGGGGGCGCUGCGGUGACCCGGCGGGCGCGGCGCGGAGGAAGUGUCGUCCUCGCCGCCGCCUGAGCUGCGCAGGCAGCGAUGUCCUCCAGGCACGGGCACGCCGACUCGGGGGCCGAGGGCACACGGCGGCCGCGGGAGCCGCGGGAUCAGGAGCUGCAGCGGCGCCGGGAGCAGAAACGGCGGCGACGAGACGCGCAGCAGCUGCAGCAGCUCAAGCACCUGGAGUCCUUUUACGAGAAACCUCCUCCUGGGCUUAUCAAGGAAGAUGAGACGAGGCCAGAAGACUGUAUACCAGAUGUACCGGGCAAUGAACACGCCAGGGAGUUUCUGGCUCACGCACCGACAAAAGGCCUUUGGAUGCCGCUGGGGAAGGAGGUCAAAGUCAUGCAAUGUUGGCGUUGUAAACGGUAUGGUCACCGAACGGGCGACAAAGAGUGCCCUUUCUUUAUCAAAGGCAACCAAAAGUUAGAACAGUUCAGAGUAGCACAUGAGGAUCCCAUGUAUGACAUCAUACGGGAGAAUAAAAGACACGAGAAGGAUAUAAGGAUACAACAGCUAAAGCAGUUACUGGAAGAUUCCACCUCAGAUGACGAUGGGAGCAGCUCCAGCUCCUCAGAGGAUGAGAGACCCAAGAAAAAAAGGAAGAAAGAAAAGCAUAAGAAGAAGAAGAAAGAGAAGAAGAAGAAGAAGAAACGAAAGCACAAGUCUUCCAAGUCACACGAGAGCUCGGACUCGGACUGACAGGCGCCGGGCUCAUUCAGACUCCGGUCUCGGGGAUCGGACACUGGGGCCAAAGAGCAGGGGACCUCGGGGUCGGCGAGGACGGGAGAGAGGACGCCAGUGAGGCUGCCUGGGGUCAGACGUGUGUGUUCUCACCUACCUUCCAGUGGAGGUGUGACCAGCAGAGAGGGACUCACACCUUCCCAGGUGCCUGCUCCAAGCAGCAGCUGACUUCUGGCAGGAAAGCUCUCUCCGGUGUCGUCCUGCUGGUCACUGGGGUGUGUGAUUCCUGAGACAUGGCGGGACGGAGGGGGCUCUGAGGACGCGCCCCGGGUGCUGUCACCCUCCACUGUGAGGCUGCUGAGUUCCCAGCCUGCAGGCUGGACCUUCCUCUGUUCUUCAAGAUGAUAAUAAAAGGUCGUUAUUUAUUUUUUCAAA